UGGUGGCGAAGGGAGCGGUAGCGUCUGCGGAGCUGUCCGAGCGCUGGAUGAAAUCGCACUACGAGUCGCAGCCUGUUGAAGGGCUUGGAAUGGACGACAACAUAUCCGGAAAGCGCGUGCUAACAAGGACUCUAAGAGAUAGGAAAGAAAGAAAGCACUACACAGAUGAUUGGGCUCUGGGCGAUGAGGAAAUUGAGGGCCGCCGAUCAUUUCGUCUGGAGGACAAGAUGGAAACAGACAGGUUUCCGCAAUGCUUUGUGAAAGAAAUGCAGGGAGCAGAUUUCAACUUAGCUUAUCUGCAAAGGCAUGGUUUCAACACUCCAUUACUAUUCAGAGAUAAGGCUGGAUUGGGUUUAAGGGUACCAAGUCCAAAUUUCUCCGUAAAUGAUGUUCGUAUGUGUGUUGGAUCGAGGCGCAUCUUAGAUGUAAUGGACGUUAACACACAGAAGAAUGUAGAGAUGACAAUGAAGGAAUGGCAGCGCUAUUAUGAUGACCCCAAAAAAGAAAAACUUCUGAAUGUAAUUUCAUUAGAAUUCAGCCACACCAAACUAGAAAAUUAUAUUCAGACUCCUACUGUUGUACGUCAAAUUGACUGGGUUGAUUGCGUUUGGCCCCGUCAUCUUAAAGAGGCUCAAACAGAAUCAACUAAUGUGCUUGAUGAGAUGAUGUAUCCCAAGGUGCAGAAGUAUUGCCUCAUGUCUGUGAAAGGGUGCUACACAGACUUCCAUGUUGACUUCGGUGGAACUUCUGUUUGGUACCAUAUACUCAAAGGGAGUAAGAUAUUUUGGCUGAUACCUCCUACAGAACGCAACCUGCAACUGUAUGAGCAGUGGGUGCUGUCUGGAAAACAGGGAGACGUCUUCUUUGGUGAUACUGUGGACAAGUGUGGUCGUGUCACCCUUACUGCAGGAAAUACUUUCUUCAUUCCCACUGGCUGGAUACAUGCUGUUUACACACCUGUAGAUUCCCUUGUUUUUGGCGGAAAUUUUCUUCACUCGUUUGGUAUUGAAAAACAACUAAAAACUGCUCAAGUUGAGGACACAACACAUGUGCCCCAAAAAUUCAGGUACCCAUUCUUCACAGAAAUGUUGUGGUAUGUACUGGAGCGUUAUGUACAUUGUUUAUUAGGAAGAUCACAUUUGGAUGAAGGAGCUGGCGUACAGAAUGAUACAAAGUUUGAUCCUGACAAGCACAUUCAUCUAACCCCUCAGGAGCUCCAUGGUCUGAAGGCAAUUGUAAUGUUCCUACAUUCGUUACCUACGAAUAAAAAGAAUGUGCCUGAACUGAUAAGGGAUCCUAUUGCAUUAAUUAAAGAUGUGAGGACUCUUGUUGAAAGGCAUAGGAAUGACAAUCCUGAAGCUGCUGUUACUGGAAAGUGCAUUCUACAGAGGCCUGAUGAUAGCUUUAAGGAUCGAAUACCUGGGAGAAUACCACUGGCACGGAACUCUGGUAACCGUGCAUCUUUGGGCGGCCCAGGUCCAAAACACAAGCUGGGUCGUGCAUCGUGGGGUGGAAAAGGAGCUGCUGGACAGAAUAGUGGACCCCGACGAAGGCGAACAAGGUGUAAACGUUGUGAGGCAUGCCAGCGGUCUGAUUGCGGAGAAUGUACAUUUUGUUUGGAUAUGGUUAAAUUUGGUGGACCUGGCAGAGCCAAGCAGACCUGCAUCAUGAGGCAAUGUCUACAGCCUAUGUUGCCCGUUACGGCUGCAUGUGUCAUGUGUGCACUGGAUGGAUGGGGCCAAGCACCUGUUCUUCCUAUUCCGAAGACAAAUCGUGAAGCACCCAGUUCACUCAUGGAAUGCUGCAUCUGCUACGAGAUCAUUCACCCCGACUGUAUAGCAAAGACAAUACCAGAUACAGAAGGUAUUGUUAAUGAAGAUCUUCCAAACAGCUGGGAAUGUCCGAAAUGCUGUAAGGAAGGGAAGAAUGUUGAAUAUAGGCCACGUCACUUCCGGGCUCGGGCGAAGUCAUCAGACAUUCGUCGCAUGUCAGUCAGCAGUGAUAAUAGCUCUAUGUUAGACUCUAAAGACAAUCAUAUGCUCCAAGAUGUGAAAGGGGAUAUGGAUGGUGAAAUGGACGGAGAAGGAGAGGAUGAUGAUGAAGAACAACCAAUGGAGAAGAAGCCACGUUUGGAGCCAAUGCUAGAUUCUGUAGUUGUAGUAAAAAAUGAGCCAUUGGAUGAUCCAGAUAACAGUCCUCCACCUCAACCAACGGCACCUGUGAUACCUGUGAAGGAAGAGUCAUUAAAUGGUGACGGGCACCAACAAGAGAAAAAUGAUAAAAGGGAAGGAGGACCUGAGACAGGAGGGAAACCUCAGCAGUCUCCCUCAGAAGGUGAACCGCAAGAUGCAGGAGGCGGCGGCGGCGGUGGUGGUGAUGGUGGUGGUGGAGGAGGAGGAGGAGGAGGAGGAGGAGGACGGGGUUCAACAUCAGAUGGAGCGGAUCAGCCGCCCCCUUCGCGAUCCGUCCCACCUCCAUCCCCUCUUUCGGCCUCCUCUGAACCGCGAAAGCUCGCCCUUCGCACACAGCUUGCCCAUCAACUGUCGGCCAACUCCACAAAGCAGUUACGCAAACCUACCCACGUAGUUCGACCAACGCCACCACCACCCCACGUUGCACCUAUUACGAACCCUAUAUUAGAUCCAGCUGCACUUGUACAAGUUUUCAGGUUUCUGUCUGUGGAGGAUCUCGGUCGGUGUGCCUCGGUAUGUCGAGCGUGGUCCAGAGCAUCCAUCGACCCUCUGCUGUGGAGGCGUACCGACUUAUCGAGGCGGCAUCUCUCGGGUGUACUUCUGGCGGGCAUCGUACGCCGGCAACCUGAGGCAUUGCACCUCGACUGGACCACACCGCCACCAGCAAAACGGCAUCUUGCGUGGCUCAUUGCGAGGCUCCCGCAGCUACGAGAACUGUCACUGCAAGGGUGUUCCUGGGCCGGUGCCUCAGCUCUCCGCUCGUGCACUUGUCCUCCCCUCUCUGUGCUUGAUCUCAGCUUUGUUUUGGGACUCAAUGACGCGUCCUUGCGAGAACUGCUGAGCCCACCACCAGAUUCACGACCAGGUCUAGUAGGGUCUCGUUCACGACUGAAAGGCCUGCGCACACUCCGCUUGGCAGGAUGCGACAUCUCAGAUGUGGCUCUGCGCUACAUAACACAGCACUUACCAAAACUUGUGGAGUUAGAUAUAUCACAGUGUGUUCGUGUGACGGAUGCAGGAGUGGCGCAGUUGGCUGCGCCCCCUGCGGCCACAACUUCCACGUUAGCAUCUUUGGAUCUCUCAUCCUGUCGGCUGCUGACUGAUUCCAGUCUCGACCAUUUGGCACGUUGCGAUGCUCUGGUUCGACUAGACCUCCGCCACACACCAAACGUCACUGCUGCCGCUCUCGCGAAGUUCGCCGUACGGUCACCACACGGCCUACAUGUUACUGAUACCAAACUGAUAGUUAAAAAGCGCACCCAGUCGCCUGAAAACACGUCCACCACCUGAUGUGCUGAAUAUGCUGUAGUGUGGAAACGUAAUGUACUUUGCACCAGAUGCCACUAGGCGACACAAUUUCUUAUUGUGAUAUUUGUUAGUACAUGUAGUGUGCAUUCAGUUUGCCAGCACUAAGAAAGAUCGUGACAACAUGGCGGCUAAUGUUUCGGUAGCUGUUAUUGCAAUGAAGAUUGCACUGGAGUGGUCAAUUACUGUCAAUCUGAAAAGGACAGUGUACGGAGAAAGUGAUGUGUAAUAUUGUUUGUGAGAUUUGGGUGCUUGCAGUCAACAUCUUUAGCAUGUACUCUUCUUCUAGUCCUGCAGACCAUUGUGUAGCAUGCAAGUGCAUCAAACAGUAAUAUGCAUUAUCACAAAAUAGCUUGACUGAUAUUAUUUGUGAGAGCAGGUCAUAAACAGUUCCUGAAAAUUGACCAACUUUUAAGGUGGUCAGCAGAUUACAUCAGUGCUGAUGUACACUGUUUUCUUCGCUGUGAUUCGUGCUUAUAUAUGAAUAACAAUAAUGGAAAAUCCUGGCUGGAGAAAUAUGUAAAAUAAAAGAAAGGCAAUCGCUUACCUAUAGAGGACUUGCGUGUGGUUGCCUUGCCCUUAAUUGACAUAUUUUUGCACAUGAAUGAGAGGUACAGCAGGUAUGAUACAUCAAAGGAUGAUCAAAUUCUAAAAGAUGGCAGGUUCAGAAGUUUGAUUUUGUAGCUUUUUGUACUAGCAGAUUACUGCCCUCCUGUUUUAUUUUUACUGAAUUUUACAGCCAUUGUAUCAUGUAAAAAUCUUGAAGGGUGUCAAUUUUUCCCAUGUGUUAAAACUGUGGUUUGGAAACUCUUUAUUUCUAAUACUUGCCUUGGUUACUGUUGCUACAGUAUUUAAU